CUGACGUCGGGGCGGGGCGGCGCGGCGGGGGGCGCGCGCAGGGAGGCGGCGAGCGGCGGGCACCGCCACCGCCCCGGCCCCGCUCCGCUCCCGCUCCGCCGCCAUGCCCGGCUCCAUCUACCAGCCCGAGGGCGGGCAGCCCCCCCGCGGGCCGCCGCGCUGCCUAGCGCUGCUCAGCCCCCCGCCGCCGCCGCCUCCCGCCGGGCAGGACCCGCCGCCACCGGAGCCCGAGCGGGAGGGGCCGCCGCCGGUGCAGGACGAAGCCGCCGCCCUGAGGUUCGCCUUGGACCAGCUCUCGCUGCUGGGGCUGGAGGAGGCGGGCGAGCGCGGGCUGCGGGCGGCGGAGGCGGGCGGCGAGGAGCCGGAGGCGGCGGCGGGGGCAGCGGGGCCGGGCGGCCUGCAGGGGCGGGAGCGCGGCGGGUCCCCCCCGGCCGCCGCCGCCUCCCCCCCGGCCCCGGCCGCCUUCGGGAACUUCGCCCCGCCGCUGGCGCCGCCCGCCGCGCUGCUGGCCGAGCCGCUGGGCGGCAGGAAGAAGAGCGUGAACAUGACCGAGUGCGUCCCGGUGCCCAGCUCCGAGCACGUCGCCGAGAUCGUGGGCCGGCAAGGCUGCAAAAUCAAAGCCCUCCGUGCCAAGACCAACACGUACAUCAAGACGCCGGUGAGGGGCGAGGAGCCCGUUUUCAUCGUGACUGGGAGGAAGGAGGACGUGGAGAUGGCGAAAAGGGAGAUCCUCUCGGCCGCCGAGCACUUCUCCAUGAUCCGGGCGACACGCAACAAAGCCAACGGGCUGACAGGAGCCAUGCAGGGACCCCCCAACCUGCCGGGACAGACCACCAUCCAGGUGAGGGUCCCCUACCGUGUGGUGGGGCUGGUGGUGGGGCCCAAGGGAGCCACCAUCAAGAGGAUCCAGCAGCAGACGCACACCUACAUCGUGACCCCCAGCCGAGACAAGGAGCCCGUCUUCGAGGUGACGGGCAUGCCGGAGAACGUGGACCGGGCUCGGGAGGAGAUCGAGGCGCACAUCACCAUGCGGACAGGCUCCUUCAUUGACGUCAACGCCGACAACGACUUCCACUCCAACGGCACCGACGUCUGCCUGGACCUGCAGGGCAGCACGGCCAGCCUGUGGGCCAAAGCCCCCCACCCUGCCCGCCGCCCCGCCGCCGCCCUGCGCAACGACAGCCUCAGCUCGCUGGGCAGCACCUCCACCGAGUCCUACUACAGCGGGCGGGUGGCGGACGCCAGCCCCACCAGCCCCUACAGCACCAGCAGCGGCUUCACCUUCAGCGAGCCCCCAGCCCCGCUGGGCUCGGAGGAGUGCGACUUCGGCUUCGACUUCUUGGCCCUCGACCUCACCACCCCCACCACCAUCUGGUCGCCCUUCGAGCGCUCGGGCAACCCCUUGCAGGCCUUCAGCAGCUGCUCCUCCAUCAGCGGCUCGCAGAGACGCAACAGCGGCGCGGCCACGCCGCGUCACUCGCCCACCCUCCCCGAGAGCGGCGGCGUGGCCCUGGACCACCCUUUAGCGCGCCGCAUCCAGAGCGACCCCGUCAGCACCUUGUCCUGGCUGCCCACCCAAGGCUCGCUCUCCUCCUUCUCCAACAGCACCGGCUACUCCUCCUCCUCCUCCCUGCCCGGGAGCGUCUCCGCCGCCUCGGGCUCGCCCACCGACUCCAGCAGCUCCGACGGGCACCGCAAGAGCUCCCGCGAGUGCAUGGUGUGCUUCGAGAGCGAGGUGAUCGCCGCCUUGGUGCCCUGCGGCCACAACCUCUUCUGCAUGGAGUGCGCCAUGCGCAUCUGCGGCAAAGCCGAGCCCGAGUGUCCCGCUUGCCACACUCCCGCCACGCAAGCCAUCCACAUCUUCUCCUAGCCGGGUCCGGCUCGCCGGGGAGGCCAGCCCUCCCCUCCGCCCCCCCUCCCCACCAUGCUUUUUAAGGACUUUAAAACUGUUUAAAUCAAACUUUUAAUUUAAUAACGGAUCCGAUGGGUGCAGGGGGUGGGGGGGGGAAGGAGAGGCUGCUGCUUGCUGGCUGGAGAUGGAGGGGCGGGGGGGUGGCCGA